AUGAAAACAUCGACUCCAAAGCCUGCUCCAGCAAGAGAAAACGAAAUUCCGGUACCUCUAGGAUAUUCAACAUCACACGCACUAACAUCAGUGCCAAUGCCUGCCGCUGUUAUCAACACUUCUGCAGCUACCAAGGCUGUCGCUGACGCCAACGCAACUGAGAAUAUUGCUUUAGCUCUUGCUGCAAUCGUACGAUUUGGUAUUUUUGCUAAAUCCGAUGGUGCAACAACAACACCAUCGAUGAUUUCUGGAGCUUGA